AUGAAUGAACGUACAAGCUGGAUUGAUGCUUCUUUUUUGUACAGCACUCAGGAACCGUGGGUUGCUGCACUUCGCGCUUGGAAUAAUGGUUCAUUGCUGGAAGGACCUAUGAAGGAUUAUCCUCCUCUAAACGGUCCUCGUAUUCCGUUAAUCAAUCCUGCACCACCACAGAUACAUCGUUUGAUGAAUCCCGAACGUCUUUUUAUGCUGGGUGAUCCUCGUACCAACGAAAAUCCGGGUUUGCUAAGCCUGGGUUUAAUUUUAUAUCGAUGGCAUAAUAUACAAGCAAAGAGAAUUCAAGAAGAACAUCCGAAUUGGACCGAUGAAGAAGUAUUUCAGGGUGCUCGUCGGUGGGUGAUCGCAACGCUGCAGAAAAUAACAUUGUAUGACUUUUUACCGGUAAUGUUAGCUGACGAAAAGGCAAUUCCACCCUAUGAGAAGUACAAACCUCUUGUGCCGCCCGGUAUAUCGCAUGCUUUUGCAACCGCUGCUUUCCGAUUUCCUCAUACAAUUGUACCGCCCGCCUUGUUACUUCGAAAACGAACAAAUGGAAAAUGUGAAUUUCGUGAUGAAGUAGGCGGUUAUCCAGCACUAAGAUUAUGUCAGAAUUGGUGGAAUGCUCAGGAUAUCGUGCAGGAAUAUUCGGUAGAUGAGAUUGUCCUUGGAAUGGCAUCGCAAAUUGCCGAAGGCGAAGAUGCCAUUGUUGUUGAGGAUUUGCGAGAUUUUGUCUUUGGUCCAAUGCAUUUCACCCGUCUGGAUGUCGUUUCCAGUUCCAUAAUGCGUGGCCGUGAUAAUGGUUUGCCACCAUACAACGAAUUACGACAAAGUUACAAUCUUCCCAUCAAAGAUUGGGUAACAAUUAAUCCUGUGAUGUACAAGGAAAAACCGAAGAUAUUUCAUGAACUGGAAAAAUUGUAUGAAGGUGACAUAUCAAAGCUUGAUGCCUACGUUGGUGGAAUGUUGGAAACAAACGGUGAAGGACCAGGAGAACUCUUCAGAGCAAUCAUUCUUGAUCAGUUUUUAAGACUGCGUGAUGGUGAUCGAUUUUGGUUCGAAAACACUUGGAAUGGGAUUUUCACUGAGGAGGAAAUUGAACAAAUACAUUCAACAACACUACGUGAUAUUAUCCGAGAAACAACAUUUAUUGAUGAGCACGAAUUGCAAGAGAAUGUAUUUCUUUGGCGCUCUGGUGAUCCAUGUGGUCAACCGUUUCAAGUAAACACAAGUGGUUUAGAGCCAUGCAUACCAUUCAUGCGUUUCGAUCAUUUCACCGGCAAUGAAGUAACAUUUAUUUUUUCAUGCAUUGCGCUUGGCAUCAUUCCACUGAUUUGCAUCGGAAUUGGAUAUAUGUUGAUACAAAGGAGAAAGAAAUUGGGCGGUGAUAUGGAGCCAUGCAUUAAAAAAUUAUUCUUAGAAAGUACCAGUUCGAGCAAUAUUAGGAGCGAACUUAUUAAAAAGAAUAGUGAGAAGGAAAAAUUGCACCUGUCUGCUAUCGAAUGGCUCAGUAAAAAUUACUGUCGAUCGGUGAUUCUAAUUGUUGAUGUUACUCCAUUGAUUCGAUUGGAAAAGCCAGGUGGUGGUCUAUUGCGAUGUCUCGAUUUUAGCAAUGUCAAUUUUGUAAACGUCGUCGUUUCUGAUCUGAACAGUUGCACUUGUCCAUUCGUUAUGAUUUCCAUCCCAAAACAUUAUGAUUUGGUUGUUCGUUUGAACAGCGAAUGCCAAAGUGCUCAGUUCCUUUGUGUUCUGAGCAAUGUUUUGAACCGGACCAGUAAACAGUUGGUCAUUCGUCGCUGUCCAAAUAGCUAUAUUAUCGAAACAGCUGAAACGAGUGAAAGACGACAGGAAAAGCUGGAUCAUUUCUUCCGAGAAGCUUACGCGAGAUCAUUCAAUAUAUCACAACUGUCAGAAGAUAUUAGUGCAGUGUUGCACGAAUCGGUUUCGCAGGAAGUCCUUGGCACUGCAAUUACUAAAGCAGAGAUGGCUGAUGCUCUGGGGAUGCGUGAAAAUGAUUUAUUUGUUGAACGGAUGUUUGCUUGUAUGACAAAAGAAGACCCUAAUCAGCACAUUACAUUCCUCAAAUUCCUCAGUGUUGUUACUCGAUUUGUCAGAGGAUCUCUUCGUGAUAAGCUUGGACUUCUAUUCGAUAUGUGUGAUCGAGAAGGACAGGGAAGAGUCCACAAGAAGGAAUUUUGUGACUUUGUUAAGUCAUUAAAUGUAACAGUUGGAGUAAAAAUUGAAGAAGCUAUACAAGAUGGAGUAAUUGAUAAAGUACUACAGCAAUCUGGAAUUAGCAUGGACUGCAAGUUUUUAUCCUACAAAGAUUUCGAAGCUAUUUUUAGUAAUGUGGAUGACGUACGACAUCCUAUUGGAAUGCAUAUGCGCGGUGUCAAGUUAAAAUUCAAUCUUGAUGAGACAGAAAGUAUGAAUAGUUUUGCAAUACAAAACGAAGAAAUUGGAUGUGUUCAUAUCAGCUGGUAUCUUUCAACAAUAUCAUAUUUGGAAACAUAUCGUCAGCAUAUUGUUAUUAUCUUCUUUUUCACUGCUAUUAAUUUGUUACUAUUCUCUGAACGAUUUUGGCAUUAUCGAUAUGAAACGGAGCACCGCGAUCUGCGACGUGUUAUGGGUGUGGGUAUAGCAGUUACACGUGGUGCUGCCGCAUCUUUAUCCUUUUGUAUGGGACUCAUUUUGAUCACAGUUUGCCAAAAUAUUAUCACGUUAUUACGUGAAACUCCAUUUCGCGAAUAUCUGCCUCUUGAUUCAGCGAUAGCAUUCCAUAAACUUGUAGCAAUGACAGCUGGCUUCUGGGCUACGGUACAUACGGUUGGACACUGUAUCAAUUUCUAUCAUGUGGCAACGCAGAGUCAAGAUGGCUUACAAUGUCUCUUCCAAGAAGCUGUUUUUGGUUCAAAUUUUUUGCCCUCAAUUAGUUACUGGCUUUACGGUACCACAACUGGAAUAACAGGAAUUCUACUGGUAGCUCUUAUGAGUAUCACCUAUGUAUUUUCAACGCCAGCUAUUAUGAGGGAAGCAUAUCACGCUUUUAAGAUCACUCAUCUUCUGAAUAUCCUAAUUUAUGCAGUUACUGUGCUUCAUGGGCUUCCAAAACUUUUGGAUAGUCCCAAAUUUCUAUAUUACGUAGCUGGCCCGAUUGCUCUGUUUGUAAUAGACCGUAUUAUUGGUAUGCGACAACAGUAUAAAAGAUUACAAAUUCUGCGCGGUGCAAUACUACCGUCAGAUAUUAUCUACAUUCAAUUCAAGAGACCAAAUUCAUUCCGAUUUCGUUCUGGUCAAUGGGUGCGCAUUUCAUGCCCGGCAUUUUCAUGUACAUUUAAUGAACUUCAUGCAUUUUCUUUGGCCUCUGCACCACAGGCGUCAACGCUGGAACUGUAUAUCAAAGCGGUUGGCCCAUGGACCUGGAAUCUACGAAAUCAGAUCGCUUGCUCACAUUCCAAUGGGGUACCUUAUCCAGUACUUCAUUUACAUGGGCCAUACGGUGACGGGAAUCAGGAUUGGCGUAAUUUCGAAAUUGCUGUGUUGAUAGGUGGUGGUAUUGGUGUGACUCCGUAUGCGUCCAUACUCACUGAUCUUGUCACUGAAAAAAUGUCUGGCCGAUAUACAAAUGUUAAAUGUGAAAAGGUUUACUUCAUUUGGGUAUGCUCGACACAUAAGAAUUACGAGUGGUUCAUCGAAGUUUUACACAAUGUGGAAGAAUUGGACAAGGAAGAUUUGCUAGAAAUACAUAUUUUUGUCACACAAUUCUUUCAUAAAUUUGAUCUUCGAACCACAAUGCUUUACAUUUGUGAGAAACACUUCCGAAGUGACAGCAAUGGUCGAAGUAUGUUUACAGGCCUUAAUGCUGUGAAUCAUUUCGGUCGUCCAAAUUUCGAGGCCCUCUUCAAAUUCAUACAAAACAAACACAGAGAUGUCCAAGCAGUUGGCGUAUUCAGCUGUGGUCCAAAUUCAAUCAAUAAGGAAAUCCGAAAAGCAUGCAGAGAAGUAAAUAGGGUUCGAAGCGCAGCAUCAUUCUGUCAUCGAUUUGAAACAUUCUGA